AUGAGCUCCUCCGCCUCAACGACGCCGGCGAGCCACCAGGGUGGUGGCGGCGGUGGUAUCCGCGACAUCGGCACCGUCACGUCCGGCAUGGCGAUCAUGAACUUUGACCAGAAGACAAAACCGUACACACGCAACGAUUUCGUGCAGUUUCUGAUGAACUACCAGGAGAACCUCAACGAGGAGGAACUUCGACUUGUGGAGAAGGGCAUUGUGGGCACUUUUAUUGGCAUGCCAGCGUUCUUUGGUGCUGGGUACUUCUUAAGCGGUCGGUUUGGCUGGCAUCGCGUGGUGCGUGUCAUGGCGCCGCUGAACGAGGGCGGACGCUCGAGUUGGCUCGCCACCCGCCUCCCAAAGAUCGGUCGAACUGCCUUCGGGUUGACGGCGGCCACCAUCCCGUACAUGGCGGUGCAACAGUGGUUCGUCUCGCGCGUCCUGGAGUUGGAUGAGCGGGAGAGCAACUUAUCCUUCCACGUGCGGCGUCUGAUGCUGUCGCAGCGGUCCGGCAUGAUGUUCAAGCGCACCGCCACCCGCGAAGUGACAAAAGAGGAGCAGCAGCGUCUCCUCCGCGAGGCCGAGGCGCACGUGAAUGAGAAUCGCAGUGGCCAGCGUGUGAGCCAGGGUCUUGGCACCGGCCCCGUGGAUGUGAAUCUGCAGCUGGGCCAGCAGGUGCUGACACCGGUGGCGCAGACAGGCUACAAGCCGAUGCCUACACAGCAGCGGUAG